UAUCGAUGCAUUUACAUUUGUUCCUCUCUAAGCAGCAGCUGCAAAAAAUAUCAAAAAUCAACUAUUUCACAUUCGGUUCGUCUAGUUUAUGCGUAAAAAGCUGCCCACAGAAUUCCACAUAGCAUCAUGGAGGAACUACGCAAGCAUUUAUCCAAGGUGAACGUGCCCUGCGGAUCGGGGGCAGGUAGUCCUCCGAUUUACAAGGACGAGUGCGUCUAUUCCUACGACAAUCCCGAGACGCCCACCGGUUUGUACGUGUGCCUGCAUAGCUUUUUGGGAUUCGGCGAGGCCUAUGUGCGGGAAUAUGCCGAAAAGACCGGUAACCAGGUCUUCCUCCACAUCCAGCGCGUAAAGACGCCCAAGGAGGGCGUCGAUGGUGAGGCGGAGUGCGAUCCGGAAGCGGAUGCGGCGGGACCGGAGCGGAAGAUCACCCGCUUGGCCAUUGGCGUGGAAGGUGGCUACAACGAAUCGGACAUGGCCAAAAAGUUCGAAAUCAAGGACACGUACAGCAUCGUGGUGGCUCCUCAUCUGGACAAGAAGCUGCCGUAUCCCGAUCCCGAGCUGCCCAUGCGCAUCACCCAGGCGGUGGAGGCCAUCUUGGCCGCGGAUUCGGCCAUCGCCAAGCUGGAGAAGGCCACGCUGAUGGGCACUUGGGAUGGCGAGGUGCGUCAGGCCUCGAAAUACGCGGAGAACCUGCAGCAACUGGACAACGGCAAGAAGAUUCCACCGGCCGGCUGGCAGUGCGAGAAGUGCGACCUGACCAACAACCUCUGGCUGAACCUGACCGACGGCUCCAUCAUGUGCGGACGCAAGUUCUUUGACGGAAGCGGUGGCAACGACCAUGCCGUGGAGCACUACAGGGUGACAGGCUAUCCGCUGGCAGUCAAGCUGGGCACCAUCACGGCCGAUGGCAAGUCGGAUGUGUUCUCCUACCCGGAGGACGACAUGGUACUCGAUCCCCACCUGGAGAGGCACCUUGCCCACUUCGGCAUCAACAUGGCGGCCAUGAAGAAGAGCGAGAAGUCCAUGGUGGAGCUGGAGUUGGACAUUAACCAGCGCAUUGGCGAAUGGUCGGCGCUGACCGAGAGCGAGAGUGAACUGUUGCCGCUGGCCGGUCCUGGAUACACGGGAAUGCGCAACCUAGGCAACUCCUGCUACAUCAACAGUGUGAUGCAGGUGCUCUUCGUCAUCCCAGAUUUCCAGCAGCGAUUUGCGGGCACUGGAGCUGAGCGCUACUUCAGCGAGUUUCCCAGCGAUCCCGCCAACGACUUUAACAUUCAAAUGGCCAAACUGGGCACUGGUCUGCAGUCCGGAAAGUACAGCAGCAUUGCGGAAAACACUCUGGACACUGAUCACUCCACCGGCAUUUCGCCGGCCAUGUUCAAGAACAUUGUGGGCAAGAAUCAUCCGGAUUUCAGUACCAAACAACAGCAGGAUGCCAACGAUUUCUAUCUGCAUUUGCUCACCCUGCUGGACAGGAAUUCGCGCAAUCAAAGCAAUCCCGCAGAUGCUUUGAAGUUUCUGCUGGAGGAUCGUGUUGAGUGUUUGGCCAGCAGGAAGGUCAAAUACAAGACACGCGAGGAGUACAGCUUCCGGUUGCCCAUUCCGCUGGACAAGGCCACCAAUCUGGACGAGGUGAAGGAGUUCCAGGAGCGGGAAAAGACGGCACGCGAGACGGGACAACGUCUGGUGGACAGGGACAUUGUGAGGCACAAGGUGCCACUGCAGGCCUGCCUGGAAAGCUUCUUUGGCCCGGAGCUGAUCGAGCAGUUCUACUCCACGGCCAUUGAGGGCAAGACGAAUGCCAGGAAGAUCACGCGACUGGCCACAAUGCCCGAUUGUCUGAUGAUUCACCUGGGAAAGUUUACGCUGGGCGAUGACUGGGUGCCCAAGAAGCUGGAUGUCUCUGUUGACAUGCCGGAUGAACUGGAUCUGAGCACCUGGCGUUCGGCCGGUGGCUUGCAGGCCGGCGAGGAGGCUCUUCCUGAGGCGGCCGCGGAGCAGGUGAAGUUUGCCUUCGACGAGGCGGUCAUGUCCGAGCUGCUCACCAUGGGUUUCCCGCCGGAGGCCUGCAAGCGGGCCUGCUUCCACACAAAGAACAGUGGCCUAGAGGCCGCCUCCAACUGGCUUAUGGAGCACAUUGCCGACGAGGACAUCUCGGAGCCAUUUGUGGUGCCCAACAACCCGAGCAUUGGAGACUGUGCGGCCAACCAGUUUGUGGCCAAUCCGGAGAGCCUGGCCAUGCUGAUGAGCAUGGGAUUUGAUGAGCGCCAGGCAGUGGCCGCCUUGAAAGCCACCGAUGGCAAUGUGGAGCGCGCCACCGACUGGAUCUUCUCGCAUGCCGAUUCCAUUGGCCUGGAGGAAGUCACCGCCCCUGCCUCGGAUCCCUCCGCUGCUGCAGCGGCUUCUUCGGCGCCAAACAAGGACAACUAUCGCGAUGGCAACGGCAAGUACCGACUGGCGGCCUUCAUCUCGCACAUGGGCACCUCCGCCCAGGUGGGACACUACGUCUGCCACAUCCGCAAGAAGGGCGAGUGGGUGAUCUUCAACGACAGCAAGGUGGCCAAGUCGCAGCAUCCGCCCAAGGACCUCGGCUACCUGUAUUUGUACAUGCGCGACCAGUAGCCAGCCCAGACCCGAUCUCAGUUCAAUCCGCAGUAGCCCAGUCCCGCACCCUAAUAUUAUGCGCCCUGAAGAAUGGAAUUUAAGAAUAAACUAACAUAUACAGUGCUACACUA